UGGUGUAUAGUCCCGUGUAGCUCAGUUGGUAGAGCAUGGCACUUGCAAUUCCAGGGUUGUGGGUUUUGAUUCCGACCGGGGACCAGUAUGAAAAUGUGUGCACUCAACACUGUAAGGACUCAAAUGUAAAACAGUCAUGGUGAUAUAAUAGUGAGGUCAUUAGUGGGGUCAGGAGUCAAGCCCAAACACACGUCUGUAGAAACUAAAGGUUUUCAUUGAGGAGGGUCGUUGUUGCAGAAGCCUCUCCUGGAAACAAACUACGACCGGACCAUGUCACAUAGCCAUUGUAGACGACUGGGAAGCACACUGUAGUCUGCUCACAGCAGCCAUCUUUAGAGGGGACCAGGGGAUCUGUAGUUCUCUGUGUUCCGUGUUGGGCAUGUGUCCUUUCCGUGUCCUUUCCUUGGCGUGUUGUCUAACUACCCCCCCACCCCCAAUCCCCCCUCCCCAGGUCUGUCUCCUCCCUCCUACUCCUUCCCACCCGUCCCUUCCAUCCUGCCAGCUGAGGCUGCCGGCCUCUUCCCUCCCAUUGGGCAGGUGCUGCUGAGUCCCCGCCCCCUAGGACCUGGACACACCUACUACCCAGCUAGCACUCAGCUCUACAUGAACUACACUGCAUACUAUCCCAGUCCCCCAGGUUCUCCCAACACUAUAGGGUACUACCCCUCCCCCACCCCCCUGCCCUCCCCUGGGGGAGUGGUCCGUAUGCAUGGCCUCGCCUAUAAAGAACUGCUCAACACCAUUCAGGGAUACCAGAGUCCUAUGGAGGCAUUGCCUGUACUGAGCAGUAUGAUUGGUCAGUCCAGCAGCGGUGAUGCUCUGAUGCCCUUCCCCCCUCUCCUGACCAAGCAGGGACGGCACUACCUGGACCUAAACAUGUUGUAGAAGGCUCAAAGAUCCACACACUGACACUCAGUACCCACACACUAUACCAGGGGUGUCAAACUCAUUUUACCCCAAGGCCCACAUUGGGGUUUCACCCAGAUCUGGAGGGCCACAGUGGGGUUUCACCCAGAUCUGGAGGGCCACAGUGGGGUUUCACCCAGAUCUGGAGGGCCACAGUGGGGUUUCACCCAGAUCUGGAGGGCCACAGUGAAAAGUGGUUAUAUUUCCUUUUUUUUACAUAUAUAAGACAUGGCUCUCUAUAUUAAACUGUGCCGAAAGUUUGACACUCCUGCACCACAAUAUCACACAACACACAUGCGCGCAUGCAUGCACCCCCCCCAAAGGACAUGUGGGUCUGGUCUGAGUUUUGUGGUAUAUACAGUGUAUAUGCAUGAGAGCAGAAAUGUAUUUUAUAUCAGAGCUUUGCCUCAGCCAAACAGCAGCUCUGUCUUUAUAUUGCACAUAGUAUUUUUAAAAAGCUUUCUAGAGACGUUCUAAGAUGUUACAACCACUUCAGGAGACGUCUGUUAGAAGUAGAGCUGCGUUUAGUACUAAUUAUUGAUCUGAACCUUUCUUCGUGACUUGCAUACAUUUGUGUAUGUGUGUAAGUGCUUGUGUGUGUGAGAGAGAGAGAGAGGAAUGUGCAUUGUGCACUACUCUCUCUAGAUACUAUAUGUAUAUAUUUUUAUUUUAUACUGUCUGUCUAAAAACGUUAUAUUACAUUUUAUUUCUUUAUACUUUCUAUAAUUUUACAAUCCAAUACUAGAACAUUGUAUUAGGAAGCCUCCUGCAUGAAGAAGUUAGUAGUGCCAGCUACACUCAGAUGUUUACAUGUUAUGGCAAAUAUAAAGCACUGCUAACCAAUCAGAUUACUAUACAGAUUAUACUGUAUAUCAACAGCAUAGUGUCCGACAUAAAAGUUACAUGUAGUUAGUCAAAUGCUGAAUCACUCCCACACCCCUCCCAUCUAACCUGUUUAUGUUUGCCUAGUUCCACUCCACCCUUGCCUUUUGUAUGUGACGCCAAGCUGAGCCCAGAGCCAGGAGAUUACUAUUCCUGUUGCCGGUGGUGUAAAGUACUUAAGUAAAAAUACUUUAAAAUACUACUUAAGUAGUUUUUGGGGGGUAUCUGUACUUUACUUUUAUAUUUAUAUUUUUGACAACUUUUACUUUUACUCCACUAUGUUCCUAAAUAAAAGUAUGUAUUUUUUACUCCAUACAUUUUCCCUAACACCUAAAAGUACAAGUUACAUUUUGGAUGCUCAGGCAGGACAGUAAUAUGGUCCAAUUCACACACCUAUCAAUAUAACGCGUUGUAAUCCCUACUGCCUCUGAUCUGGCGGACUCACAAAAAUAAAAUACUGCAUUUGUAAAUGAAUUUACUUUUUUACGACAGUUGAGUACUUUUUCCACCACUGUACUUAAGGACAUUUAAAACCAGAUACUUUUAGACUUUUACUAAAGUCAUUUUCUAUUAAGUCAUCUUCACUUUUACUCAAGUAUGACAAUUGAGUACUUUUUCCACCACUGUCUAUUGCCUUACCCAGCUCGGUCCCAACUCACUGUGAUGGAGAUUUACCACUGUGCUCUCUGAUUCCUUACUGUAAUGUCACUGUGCCUGCAUGGCUGCAUCUCAACAGUCUACUUCACUGACAUAAAAGGACAUAUUGUUCUUAUCUAUCAUGAGUUUUCAGAUCAGUGCAGACUAAGGAGGGGAGGCAAGGAGAGGACCCCGCUUCAGACUAUUGAAACUCAACCAGUGUGUUUUACUCCCAUGAAGGCCAGAUUAGACAGUAGAGCUAUAAAUGGCCCAUGAUGAUGUAAUACGUUAAUGAUGUAAUACAUUGAUGUCUGCUGUGACUGUGGGUCCCUGGCUGUCCAGGGAACUCUCCUGUGACCACACUGACAGUCUAA